CGACGCCCGCCGUAACCCGAUCGCCGCAGUCGGAGCAUCCUGCGCCCGGGGAAGGGCUGUACCGUGCCCGCCGCCGCGGGGAGGCAUGGCGGAGGCGGCGCUGCGGAGCCGGUAGCCCCGCUCCCAGGCUGAAGAAAAAUGGCUUCCUUCAGCAACCUGAUUAUUGGCAUUAUUGUUGCCAGUUUUACUGUAUUUCAGUUCCUGUUCCAUGUUUUAAGUUCUUGGGUGUCAACACGAAUAACACCUGGUUUUAACAAUCUCAGCCAGAAAAGGAAGAUCGAAUGGAAUUCAAGGACAGUGUCCACAUUCCAUGCCUUGGUGGUUGGUGGCUUUUGCCUCUAUAUUUUGGUAUACGAUGACGCCGUUAAUGCUGACCGUCUCUGGGGUGACCCUUCAAUUGUGAAACUGAAUAUUGCUAUUACCACAGGCUACCUCAUUUCUGAUUUGUUGCUUAUUCUUUACUACUGGAAGGCAAUUGGUGACAAGUAUUUUGUAAUACAUCACUUGGCAGCUCUGUAUGCUUACUAUUUUGUACUGAGCAAAGGUCUGCUGGCUUACUUUGGAAACUUCCGUCUGCUCGCAGAGUUCUCCACUCCUUUUGUCAAUCAGCGGUGGUUCUUUGAAAUACUGGGAUAUCCCAAAUCUUCCAAGGCCAACAUCAUCAAUGGUUUGCUGAUGACAGUUGUGUUCUUCGUGGUGAGGAUUGCCGUCAUGCCUGUGUAUUACAGCCAUGUCAUUUCCUCCUUUGGAACAGAGGCUUUCCACAGAUUAGGAUUUGCAGCCCAAAGCGCCUGGAUUAUCUCAAGCGUUGUCUUGGAUAUUAUGAACGUGAUGUGGAUGGUCAAAAUUGCAAAAGGUUGCUACAGAGUCAUCUGUCUUAUCGGACGGGAGGAAGUCAAAACUCACAGAAAUGGCAAAUCUGACUAGAAAUCACACACAUAAAAUGCAAUUCCUGCUGUGAAAGUAAUCUGGGUUCACUGAAACAGUGCACAUUUCUGCCAUGGAAUGAUCCUCUUAAGAAAACAAGGUAUUACCUCUGUACUGACCUUACUCUUUCCCUAACCACACUGCCUGCACACCCAGGGCCACGCUUUAUGGAUCGUGUCCGGUGAGGAAUAAAAGCAAAAGCUCCCACAAAUGAGUUCCAUGUGUGUGUUCUAAGCAGUUACAGGCUGCUGAAGUUAGAAAGGAGCAGACUGGUGACUUGCUUGUUGUCCACCAGUGUGUUUGAAGUGUUUCACUCAGGUUUCUCAGAUUAAUGUGUUUUAUAAACCCAGUGAAUAUCAAGAUCUCUCUCUCUU